AUGACUCUUGAUCUGGAUAAGCAGUCGGACGAUGCCUUUAGAGGUCUCAUGAAAAAUUUGAACCUCGACGAAACACAAUUCAAGAGCUAUGUGACAGAUUUUGCACAGUUGACAUUUGAUCAGUUGGUGGCAACCAAGUCAGAAAUCGAAGCGCAGUUAGGUGUUUUAUUUGACAUAUUGAAGAGCAAUUACAAGGCUGAUAUGGAUACCCAGUUGGUUGUGGAUGGGUUCCCUAGAGCGGAUAUUGAUGUUGUAGGUAUCAGAUUGGUAAGAGUGAAGAUUAUCAGAUUGAGAAACGAUUUGAAGAGCUUGAUAGGGCUAUUAGAAGAGAAGCUUGUAGAACAGUUCAGCAAGACAAAGCAAGAACCGCAGCUGGCUCUGGUCGAUCCAAGUGGUGCGGAAAAUACAGCUACAAGUCCGGAAGACAGGACGACAGGAACGCCGUUUGCAACUGUCAAUUUGGUGGUGAAAGAUGGCCCAGCUUUUCAAUCUGGGUUGAGAGAGGGAGACCGGUUAAUUUGGUUUAGGAAUGUUGGUGCGAGUACUGAGAACAAACUUUCACAUAUUUCGGUGAUAACCAAAAGCAGCUUGGACAGGGCCAUAGAGGUGGUGGUAAGCAGAGAGGUAGAUGGAACAUCUAAGGUGAUAGUGUUGCACUUGGUUCCUACAGAAAAAUGGGAGGGUAAGGGUGUCUUGGGAUGUCAAAUAAAGGUUGAUUAA